AUGGGCUCACGACAGCAUAUCCGGGAUAUCAAAACCGGACCUCCGCUUCCAUACCAGGAUGAUAUCAGAGCUCAUACCAGAGAGUAUGCUGAGGCUCUCGAUGCCCAGGAUCCUCUGCACCAAUUCCGGGAUGAGUUUAUCAUUCCCUCGAAGAAUGACCUGAAGAGGAAAGUUCUGGCAGAAGACAAAAACCAUGAUGAAGCAUCCGACUCAAGAUGCAUCUAUCUGUGUGGUAACUCUCUGGGCGUGCAGCCACAAAGCACCCGGCGGUACAUUGAGCAAUAUCUAAGAACGUGGGCAACAAAGGGUGUCACAGGGCAUUUUGUCCCGCAUGACGACCAAUUGCUUCCUCCUUUUGUCGAUGUGGACACCGCUGGCUCCAAGUUGAUGGCGCCCGUUGUAGGUGCCCUUCAGAGCGAGGUUGCAGUCAUGGGGACCCUAACCGCCAACCUACACUUUCUGAUGGCAAGCUUCUACCAUCCAACCAAGGAGAAGUACAAGAUUAUCUUGGAGGGCAAGGCCUUUCCCAGUGACCAUUACGCAAUCGAGUCUCAGAUUCGGCACCACAACUUCGAUCCAAAGGAUGCUAUGGUCUUGAUCGAACCAGAGAACCAGGAUCGUCCUAUUCUCAGCACAGAGCAGAUCAUCAAAACAAUUGACGACAAUUCCUCCAGUACAGCAUUGGUUCUUCUUUCCGGAAUCCAGUUCUACACGGGCCAGUACUUCGACAUCGAACGAAUCACCGCACACGCCCACUCCAAGGGUAUCCUCAUCGGAUGGGACUGCGCCCACGCUGCCGGAAAUGUGGAUUUGCGUCUGCACGACUGGAACGUCGAUUUUGCAGCAUGGUGCAGCUACAAGUACCUAAACAGUGGCCCCGGUGGUAUGGCAGCACUUUUUGUCCAUGAACGUCACGGCCGUGUGGAUGAGAAGCAGCCCGACAGUGACGAGACAUUCCGUCCGCGCUUCUCCGGCUGGUGGGGUGGCGAUCUCAAAACCCGUUUUAACAUGGAAAACAAAUUUAUCCCUCAACCCGGUGCUGCUGGGUUCCAGCUUUCGAACCCUUCUGUCCUCGAUAUGAACGCCGUCGUCGCCUCUCUUGAGAUCUUCAACCGUGCCACCAUGCAGGAAAUCCGGAAGAAGUCACUCAACAUCACAGGAUACCUUGAACAUUUACUGCUCAAGUAUCCUCUGGAUGCUCCGCCGGAGGAUAAGCCGUUCACUCUCAUUACUCCAUCUAACCCAGCCGAGCGGGGUGCCCAGCUCAGCCUGCGGCUUCAACCCGGGCUGCUCGACCACGUCUUGCAUCACCUAGAGGAACAUGGAGUGGUCAUUGAUGAGAGAAAGCCAGACGUUAUUCGAGUGGCUCCGGCACCACUCUACAACACAUAUGCAGAGGUGCGGGACUUCUGUCAAAUAUUCUUGGAGGCUUGCCGUGAGGCAGUCAAGGCACGUCGAUGA